AUGGCUAGCAAGCCGAGCAAGAUGCUCGAUGCCAAUUUGGGCCAUGGAGGACGGUCACGCUCGCCCUCGGCAUCAUCCGACAACGGCCUGCCUGCGUACGCCGACACGGCAUCCACGGCCCAAGACGACGUGAUACCCCCCGAGACGCUGCUCCUCGCGGGCACCACCAUCCACAGCACCGCCUCCAUCACAUCACCACCCCUCUACGAACUCUCCCUCGCCCUCGGCCACCUCACGCCAUCGCACCAGAAGGUCGAGCUCUCGCGCCUCGACUACCACGUCCGCCGCGCCGGCGUCGCUACCGCGGGCGAUCGGGGCCCCGAGGUUGCGGCGCGCCAAAAAGCAUCUGUACAACCUGUCGCGGCCGACGGCGGUCAUGCAGUCCAACUUCCCCUUCUACCUCGAGUCCGUCCGGCGCAGUAA